UUGGCAAUCAUGCAAAUGUUUAUAACCUAAAUUAGCAAGUUAUAUCAGGUUAUAAAUUAUUUGACAUUAAUAUACGCUGAAAUCACCUUUUCUAAAACAAUUUGAACAAUUGAAUCGUUAUACAAAUAUGAAUUCUUUACGUUUGUGUAUUAAAACCAUUAUUCUGAAUAAAGGGGUAAUGCGGUCUGUGAAUCGUGAAGGACAGAGAAAUACCAAAAGAUGGGUGGCACCGACGCAGAUAGAAAUAACAAGACGCAAGAGACGUUUACCACCACAGCCAGAGCCUAAGCGUAGUACUUUUCUGGAGUGGAAUAGAUCCGCAGAGAUUUAUGCGUUUAAUAUAAGACUGUCUGAAAAUUUUGAUACUGAAAGAUUGGAACAAGCUUUUACUCACAGAUCAUAUAUCAUACAAGAAGAACAAAGACAGAAAGAAAUGGGAAUAGAAGAUUAUAAGCUCGAUUUGCAGGAUAACACUGAUCUUAUUAUGAAAGGCGACAAGCUUACAUCAGAGAUAGUAUUAAGUUACUUAGCCCAAGCGUUACCGCAUGCAUUUGAAGAUGUCAUAAUUUCAUUGCAUGAUUACCUUCUGUCCGAGGAAAUUCUGGCUAAAGCAUCUUUUCAUAUUGGAACCAAAGAAAUUAUUUUAACUGAAGAACAUCCAGUAUCACAAAAAACAUUAGCUGAUACGUUUCUUGCACUUGUCACAGCACUUGCAGACAGUGUAGAUGUUAAUCAUGCAGCAAACUUUGUUAGGGAUUUCUUAAUUGUUAUAUUAGCUGAAAAGGAUCUAACAGAAAUUUGGAAUCCAGCUAAUCCAGUCGAAUAUUUAAAUGAUGUUCUACAUAAACAAAAUAGAUCACCUGCUGAACCAAGACUUAUCGGGCAAGCGGGGCAAAAUACACUUUUAGCUGUUCACCAUGUAGCAAUGUACUCUGACAAACAAUUUUUAGGUUCAGGAUUUGGCCAGACUAUCCAAGAAGCCAAAAAUGUAGCUGCCAUAAAUGUUUUAAGCAGAAUAUUUGGUUUAUCAGAAUCUAGUAAACCAAUAAAAUUUAAUAAUACAGUAACUAUGUCCUCAUAAAGAGAACAAAUGUUGCUUUGAAGGAGAGAAUUAUUUAAUAUAGCAGUAAUGUGGAAAAAAAUGCUAUUUCUUAUAUAUAAAAUAUAAAAUAAAAUUCCGAUA